CGAAUAUCGCCAUUUCUGUUGGAACAUUGUUUUGGUGCGUCUGAAAACCGGAUCUUGUCCCUGCUGCAACUCAGAUUACUUUACUAUCUUCUUCCUCAAGAUUCUUCAUUCAACCUAACUCUAAUUUUCUCUUCAAUCACCGCUAGCAUCAUCAGUUUCUUCUUCCUUGAUCUACUACAAGUUUGAGGAAUCUGUUGUUUACGCGCUCAAGUACAUAACCGUACCUAGCUAUUUUUGCGUCCUGCGCGAGUUAAUUUUCGAUAUUAGGUGUGUUGAUGGUAACUUGGAUAGGAAACAUUUGUGCUCCGGAAAAGAGAUGAAAGAGAGGUCAUCUGGUCUGAUAAUUGGGAUCUCGAUAGGAGUGGUGAUUGGAGCUCUUUUAGCCGUAGGUGGGCUACUUUGCUUUAGGUUUCACCGGAAACGACCUCAAAUCGGUAAUAGCAGUUCUAGGAGGGCAGCGACUAUCCCCAUUCGUGCAAAUGGUGCUGAUACUUGCACCAUCUUAUCUGAUUCGUCAAUGGGUACUGAAUCGUCAAGAACUUCUGUACAAAAUGGCGUCCCGUUGUGGCUUGGUGGUCUUAAGAAGGGUCAUGUGGUUGCCGCUUCUGGAAUUCUCGAGUAUUCUUACAAAGAUCUACAGAAAGCAACCUACAAUUUCACCUCAUUGAUAGGCCAAGGGGCGUUUGGUUCGGUUUAUAAAGCUCAGAUGACCACUGGAGAAGCAGUUGCCGUUAAAGUUCUUGCAACCGAUUCCAAACAAGGCGAGAAAGAGUUCCAAACAGAGGUUAUGUUAUUGGGAAGAUUACAUCACAGGAACCUUGUGAAUUUGGUAGGAUAUUGUGCAGAAAAGGGUCAACAUAUGCUUAUAUACGUCUAUAUGAGCAAAGGCAGUCUAGCAUCUCAUUUGUACAGCGAAAAGCAUGACGUGUUAAGUUGGGAUCUUAGAGUUCAAAUAGCUUUAGAUGUAGCUAGAGGAUUGGAAUAUCUCCAUGAUGGAGCUGUUCCUCCAGUAAUACACAGGGACAUCAAAUCUUCUAACAUCCUGUUGGAUCAAGCAAUGGGAGCUAGGGUGGCUGAUUUUGGACUUUCUAGAGAGGAUAUGAUUAACAGAAAUGCCUCCAAUAUACAGGGAACGUUCGGAUAUCUUGAUCCUGAAUAUAUAUCAACAAGAACUUUCACCAAAAAAAGUGAUGUUUACAGCUUUGGAGUUCUUUUAUUUGAACUUAUUGCUGGAAGAAACCCUCAGCAGGGUCUCAUGGAAUAUGUUGAGCUUGCAGCGAUGAACACCGAGGGAAAAGUUGGAUGGGAAGAGAUAGUGGAUUCGCAUCUCGAAGGAAACUUUGACGAGCAAGAACUGAACGACGUUGCGGCUCUUGCAUACAAAUGCGUAAACCGCUCCCCAAGAAAAAGACCAUCAAUGAGGGACAUUGUGCAAGCACUUUCUCGUAUUCUUAUGAUGAGACCUAACAAAAAACAUCAUAGACGUGAUUCGUCUGUUGCAGCUGACGAGGUUGCUCUUAAUGUAGACCAACUAGGUCGUAGAAGUCCUAUGAACGGUGAACAUCGAAGGUUUGAAUCUUUUGGUAGCACGGCUGAGUCAUGUGAAGCUUGAUAUGAUAUGACCCUUGGCUUACUUUUGUAAUAUAUAUGGAAGCUUACAAGUAGGAGUUCCACAGUGUAUAGAUUAGGUUUUGGUGUGUUGUUGAGCGAGGAAAUUAGGUUUUAAAAUGAGUGUGUUUGGUGUUUGUAUAAUUGGUUGUUGAAGCUGACUUUGUUAUUGGUCUCUGAUCCUGUUACGGUUCAGUUUUGUAUAGUGACAGUGAACAUUGGAAUUUGAAAGAUUG